GGAUAAGCGCAGACACAACCCAUGAAUCUGUCGUCUGCACUAUCCAUCUCUCUCAAAUCUCCCAAAUUUCCCGUCACUUUCUCGUACCAAAUCAAGUUCAUCACCCCUUCACUGAUUAGUGAUUCCUUUAAAAUCCAUUCACUUGCUAUGCUCAAUAAUCAUACAACAAGUCACAUUGGUCGGUAAUCAAUAUCUCCUUGUCUGAUCAGCCUCAGCCGCAGUAAUUCAACUCUGAAACGCCGUGAACGAAGAUGAGGAUCGAAGACGGAGUAGAAGAAUUAUCAGCUUCCCGGAAUCAUCUUGUAUUUGCUUAUUAUGUUACCGGCCAUGGAUUCGGCCAUGCUACACGUGUUGUCGAGGUUGUUCGCCACCUCAUUCUUGCUGGGCAUGAUGUUCAUGUGGUGACUGGUGCACCAGACUUUGUGUUCACUACUGAAGUACAAUCUCCAAGACUUUUCCUUAGGAAGCUUGUUUUGGACUGUGGAGCUGUUCAAGCAGAUGCUUUAACAGUAGAUCGACUCGCCUCCUUGGAAAAGUAUAAUGAGACAGCUGUUGCACCUCGUGCUUCUAUUUUGGCUACAGAAGUUGAGUGGCUCAACUCCAUCAAGGCAGACUUAGUGGUAUCAGAUGUUGUUGCAGUUGCUUGUCGUGCAGCAGCUGAUGCUGGUAUACGUUCAGUUUGUGUAACAAAUUUUAGUUGGGACUUCAUUUAUGCGGAAUAUGUAAUGGCUGCUGGGUAUCAUCAUAGGUCAAUAGUAUGGCAGAUAGCCGAGGACUAUUCACAUUGUGAGUUCCUAAUUCGUCUACCUGGAUACUGCCCAAUGCCUGCUUUUAGGGAUGUGAUUGAUGUACCUUUGGUUGUAAGAAGGUUGCAUAAAUCACGCAAGGAGGUGAGGAGUGAAAUGGGGAUUAGUGAGGAUGUGAAGCUUGUUAUUCUCAAUUUUGGUGGACAACCAGCAGGUUGGAAGUUAAAAGAGGAGUACUUGCCUCCUGGUUGGCUUUGCCUGGUUUGUGGGGCGUCAUCUGAACAAGAGCUUCCUCCAAAUUUCAUAAAGCUGGCAAAAGACACAUAUACCCCUGAUGUGAUGGCUGCAUCAGAUUGUAUGCUUGGAAAAAUCGGAUAUGGAACUGUUAGUGAAGCCUUGGCUUACAAACUACCUUUUGUAUUUGUCCGUAGAGAUUAUUUCAAUGAAGAACCAUUUUUAAGAAACAUGCUCGAGUUUUAUCAAGGUGGUGUUGAGAUGAUAAGAAGAGAUCUACUCACAGGUCAUUGGAGGCCAUACCUUGAACGUGCCACCAGUUUAAAACCUAGCUAUGAUGGUGGAGUUAAUGGUGGUCAGGUUGCAGCGCGUAUUUUGCAGGACACAGCAAACGGAAAGAAUUACGCAUCAGAUAAACUUAGUGGGGCCCGGAGAUUACGUGAUGCCAUAGUCUUAGGGUAUCAAUUACAAAGAGUUCCUGGAAGGGAUAUCAGUAUUCCAGAAUGGUAUGCAAGUGCUGAAAAUGAACUUGGACUUCGUACAGGCUCACAUUCAGUUGAUAUUAAUAAUUCCAAUUUACCCCAGAAUUCAGAUGCUGGGGACUUUGAUAUUCUUCAUGGAGAUGUGAUGGGUCUUCCAGACACAAUGAGUUUUUUGAGGAGUUUGGCUGAAUUAGAUGCUUUACAUGAUUCUGUAAAGAAUACUGAAAAGCAAUAUAUGCGUGAGCGCAAGGCUGCUGCUGGUCUCUUUAACUGGGAGGAAGAUAUAUAUGUGGCAAGAGCACCUGGAAGAUUAGAUGUUAUUGGAGGAAUUGCUGACUACUCUGGAAGUCUUGUUUUGCAGAUGCCUAUUAGAGAAGCUUGUCAUGUUGCUGUUCAAAAAAUCCAGCCAAGUAAACAGAGGUUAUGGAAGCAUGCACAGGCUAGACAGAAUGCCAAAGGACAAGGACCUACACCUGUGCUCCAGAUUGUGUCAUAUGGAUCAGAAUUGAGCAACCGUGGUCCCACAUUUGACAUGGACAUAUCAGAUUUCAUGGAUGGAGAUCAACCCAUUUCAUAUGAAAAAGCCAAAGGUUACUUUGCCCGUGAUCCAUCACAAAGAUGGGCUGCAUAUGUUGCUGGCACGAUUCUUGUUUUAAUGAAGGAAUUAAAUAUCCGAUUCGAUAGCAGCAUCAGCAUGCUGGUGUCUUCAGCUGUUCCAGAAGGCAAAGGUGUAUCCUCUUCUGCAUCAGUGGAAGUAGCCAGCAUGUCAGCUAUAGCUGCUGCUCAUGGGUUAAAUAUCAGUUCAAGGGAUCUCGCGAUCCUCUGUCAAAAGGUGGAAAACUCUGUUGUUGGAGCUCCAUGUGGUGUGAUGGAUCAAAUGGCUUCUGCAUGUGGUGAAGCUAACAAGCUUCUUGCAAUGGUUUGCCAGCCAGCUGAGGUAUUAGGAUUGGUGGACAUUCCUAGUCAUAUACGGUUUUGGGGAAUCGACUCAGGUUUACGACACAGUAUUGGGGGUGCUGAUUAUGGAUCGGUUAGAAUAGGGGCGUUUAUGGGUCGAAAAAUGAUAAAGUCAACCGCAUCUGAUGUGUAUUCAAAAUCAUAUUCAAAUGGAAAUGGAAAUAAUCUUGAAGAGUUAGAAGAAUAUGGGAUUGAACUUCUUCAGGAUGAAGCUUCUCUAGAUUAUUUAUGCAAUCUCGCCCCUCACAGAUUUGAAGCUAUAUACUCCAAGAAUCUUCCGGAUACUUUAAAUGGCGAAGCCUUUUUAACAAAAUACGAUCAUCACAACGAUCCAGUCACAGUGAUUGACAAAAAACGUUCAUAUGGAGUCAAAGCAGCCACCCGACAUCCUAUUUAUGAAAAUUUCCGUGUCAAGGCGUUCAAAGCACUACUGACAUCAGCUUCAUCAGAGGAGCAACUCACUGCUCUCGGGGAACUAAUGUAUCAGUGUCACUAUAGUUAUAGUGCUUGUGGGUUAGGGUCAGAUGGGACAGAUAGACUUGUUCAAUUGGUUCAAGAAAUGCAGCACAGCAAAUCCUCUGUGUCUGGAGAUGGAGAUGGAACUUUAUACGGGGCAAAGAUUACAGGUGGCGGAUCUGGUGGGACCGUUUGUGUCAUUGGUAGGAAUUGUCUCAAAAGUAGCGAACAAAUCCUUCAGGUUCAACAGAGAUACAGAAAUGCAACAGGGUACAUGCCGUUUCUGUUUGAGGGUUCAUCACCGGGUGCAGGGAAGUUUGGACAUCUGAGAAUUCGUCGGCGGUUAGCCCCCAAGCAAGAUUAGUUGGUUGUGUCAUUGUGUGAAAAUGUCAACUUAUAAUUAUUUACGAAAAAUAAGGAUCUUUAAGGAUUCAUCAUAUGAUCAUUAGUAGGAUUUAUCCAUAUCGAUAGAAACCAAAAACACAUUAUUCGUGAAUCGUGAUAAUGUUAUAAGUAUAUGUUGUGCACUUGCUUGCUUCAUCCAUUUUUUUUUUGCAUCAUGUUAUGUUUUUUUGAAUGGAUCCUGGAAAAUAUUUAAAUUAGGAGCGAGCUCAAAACAAAACGAAAAAACGUAUCUUGUGUUAUUAAUAGUUUUAAUUACGAACAAGAAAUAAUUUAUCCACACUUUUUUUUUCGGAAACCCAACUGCCUUUUUGUGACUUUCGGUUAUUUUUAAUUAUUUUCUCACAGUAUGCGAUUUUAGUGACGUC